UGCAUUUUGGUUAGAGAUUAUUCUAGUAUAUAAGUAGAGUUUCUCGCAACGUUAAUCAGUUCGAUCGUCAGAGCUCCCAGAGUGAAGACUAAAGAAAAGAUCUAAGUUUGAAAUAUGGUUAACACAAAGACAACGCCACGGCAAUCCUCACAGGAGAUUUACAGAUGUCCUGUCUGUGGUGAUAGGUUUCCCACUGCCAAAGAGUGGAGUGACCAUAUAAUUACAUGUUGUGAGGAAAAGCGGGUAUCAACAUCUUUCAUCUGCAAAGAACCGGCGUGCACCUAUGCAGCCCUCCUGGAAAGAGAUCUUAGGAGGCACAGCAAGAGAAAACACCAGAAAUCUACAGUAGCUGAAAGUGAUACUGACUCCGAUGAAAUUCCAUUUAGCCAGAGGCCGACUGGGUCAUCUUGCGUUGAUAUAACGUCAGUCACUCCAGAGGUCGCAACCAGUCCGGAGCUGGCACCAGUGAGGAAGCCAACUAAACCUCUGCCAGUGUUUGGCUCGACUAAGAAGAGGCAGCUUAUGGAACGCCUAGCAGAUGGUGUGGUACCGGUUAAAGUACCAAGGACUACUGCAACCGCAGUUAGGAGUAAUUUGUUAGUGGCUGCUUCUAUUACUUCACCGGUAUUAUUCACAAGUCCAGUGGCACAGACGCGUGUAACUUCGUCGCUUGGAGGUGGCGUGUUUCUUCAGCCGACAUGUGGUCUGGUUGUUCCUGCCAAGAGGACGAUUGAAACCCAAACCCCUGGUGUGAUUGCUCAUCACCAUCUGAAAAGGACCGUUAGAACCUGGUAUGAGGAAGGAGUAAAGGUUGAAGAGACCACAGAAGAAACUUGGGACAAUUGAUUAAUCAUUAUACGAUGUGUGUGUGCAUACAUUCUACAUGGAAGCCAAGGAGGCUGGAUAUCGUUACUUCGUGCCAGAGCAUGUGGACGAAGUCAGUUAUAAGUUUUGAACGUUUGAAUUGUUAGUUAUCAGACUGUGAGAGGACACAUUGUUUGAUUUUGAGUGUACUAUAUGGUAAAAGAUACCCGAUAUUA